UCUACAGUGACCUGUUAGGACUCCGGUCAGAUCUGCUAUAAUCCCUCUGUGAGGGGACAGCAGCCAUGCUAUCCUAGCUUUAGUUGAAUUUAAUAGCUGCUCUUUGAUCUGCCGGCAGCCACUGUUUAUACUCCAAUUUUCAAUAGUCUUUUCCCAUGCCCAGUUGUCCAGGAUCGAACACCUCGAGAUCCAUCCACCAGACCACCGAGCCGCCAAUUACUUUAGGUCUCAUCACAGGAGUAGGUAGCUAGUGUAGGAUAUUGGGCUCCAUACGCCACUACCUACUACCUACCCUUUGAGCUUCCUACCAACUACUCUUUGAAAGUGCGACAAAAUGACAAUUUCUUUGUGGACUACCUAAGUGACGUAUUUACUACACGUUAGCUUGCUGUCCAGCCUAAGUAUUUGACUAAGACGACGAAGUACUUGACCUUUUGCUUGACUUGCACGAGAUAAUUUAGUGUAUCUUCUUUAGUGCUUUCUCCUAUCUUUAAAGAGCCUAUUUGACGUCUUCUAUCCGAGUCAAGAAGUUUGACCAGGCUGGGGGAAUCAGACAUUGUUUCGAGUACACUACAGAAUAUUUGCCAGGUAGCUCUUUUGUUUCUUCUCAUUUCGUCCUUAACGCGAUUUUCCACCUGUAUACUCAUCCAAACCCUCUUGGUAUCCUUUCCGAAAUAAGCUCGUAGUAACUAUGCAAUUUUUCAGCUUGUAAUUUUUUAGAUACUUGCACACUUUUUAGAUACUAACACACCGCGGGUGAACUAGAACGGGGACCCCAGGGUCGCAGCUGCGGGUCUGAUUCACCCUCUGCCCCCGCGCCUAUUGCACCACGGCAAUUAUUCGGUUCAUUUAUCUUUCUAAAUAUGAAAUUUGGAACUGUACUGUUACUGUGCAUAAUAAUAUUACAAAAAAAUUGAAUUUUGAAAUAUUUCUUUAUCUUUGUUGGCAUCCGAGAAAAAUCGAAUUUUCUGUAUUUAUGUUUUGUUAUGAAAGACAGCACAAAUUAAUGCCAAAUUAGUAAUAUACCAUUAUUUAGUAGACGCAUUCCAAGUAUUUUCAACACUUAUUGGCGAUUUGUAGCCUGCGCUUCACUUUUUAGAAACCGUCCGUCAUUUCAUCGGAUUAAUGAUAAGAUUUUGGCAUUAACUUUAAAACGGCAUCAGCAUCUACUCUCUAUUAAUAGUAAAAGUGGCUUCGUCUGAAAGUAACAGUCUGAAAUUAUUUGUUCCUUAUCAAGCAAAUUCUUCAUGGCUUUGCAAAAUUCUCACCUACGAUCAGGAUCGUCCUCUAGCAGCUCCUGCACCUUCUUCAUUUUAAAAGCUCUUUUUCCUGCUGACUUUGAGAGAUUUUUAAAACUAUUUUGUGACAUACAUCGUACUCCCGAGCUACUUGCCUUGCCGGAAUAAUAGGUAUAAUAUCUAGAUUUGUAUCCUCGCUCGAUGGUUCUGUCUACGAGUUCUAAUUGCUCCUCAAUUUUACUCACGGUACUUUGACUCAGUGGGAGCAAAUUAGGAUAAGUUUCACGAAAUAGCGCCACAACUUUAUUUUCAGUUCUCAUCCGGUUUACACCCUAAUCAUCAUUAGUAUUUCGAUUUUUAAACCUUCUGUUAAGUACGGCAUUUUAGCUAAAUAAAUACUAAUUAAUAAAUACAGGGUACUUACUGUAGCAAAGAACACUUUUCUAAUACUAAUUCAACAAUUUUUAACACCUUCCCAUUAUUUAAUUCGAUUUAUUUCACAAAAACCUGUUUGUACGUUUUUUUAUUAAACAAAAAAUUGAAUUUUUGUUUAAUAAAUAUAUAUUUCUUUCACUUAAAGGUGAUCAUUUACGGCGGUGGCUUGUACAGGGUGGCCAAAUAGGCGAGGUAAGCGGUUGUAUCUCAGGACCUGUACAUCUGGCAACAAUGGAAUUUUUUUUAUUAUUAUAAAAGUGGCGCAACUAAAAAUGAAAUAAACGAAACGUCUUUUUCUCCGAAAACUUAAAUAUUAACCUAUACUUUUGAUAUUAUUUUUAGUAAGCCUAGAUAAUUUGCUAUAAAUUUGGUUUAUGAAUUAUUGACGUACGAACGAUAGUAGGGGUGGGGGAAGCUAUUGAAAGUGGAAUCAUUAAAAUCGGUGUAAAUUCUAAACUACUUAUUCGAUUUGAGCAAUUCAAAAUUUAUUUGCAAGAUAAAUGUAGCUGCUUUAAAAGUCUGAUCUCAUUGCUACCCUAUAGUUCCUAAUAAAACCGCCAGAGGGCGCAAUUUGUUAUAAUUCCAGUUUUUUCAUUUUGCUUUAAAAAUUCAAAUAGAAUGGUAUAUUUUUGACAUUCUAUUUAAAAAGUAAAUAAAAUUUGCAAAAGUACUGUAAAAACCGCACGAUGAUAUCUUUGCUCGUUUUAAAGUUAUAGCGAAUUAAAGUUUUUUACGCACCGAGCCUAAACUUGUGUGUCCCGCCUAAAAAUCUCUAAUUAGUAUUACCACAACUAGAAUACCAUGAUGUUGUCAUAAUUAAUAAAUUAUUAUAGUAGUAAUUGAUUGAUAAAUAAUAAAUUAAUAAUACCUAUGUGUCACAGAAUAACUGGAAGUUUAUGUGACUUUCUUAAGGCGAAUAAUUUUAUUAACGAAUUUCUUUUUAUAUUUAAAUUAUGGUCCUGAAAAGGACCGAUUUUAAACCCAAUCAUAUUUGGUAUUUAAUGCCUCGAUAGGUGUUCAAUGUAUUACUUUGGCGUUAUGUAUAAAACAGUUGAAAAUAGCAAAAUAUCAAUCGGGUGUUAAGCAAGCAAUCAUUGCUAAGCAGUUAGGAUUAAACCGCUCAGUGGUUUCCAAAACCAUAAAGUUACACUGCAUUAGGAACUUUAUUAUUAUAAAAGUGGCGCAACUAAAAAUGAAAUAAACGAAACGUCUUUUUCUCCGAAAACUUAAAUAUUAACCUAUACUUUUGAUAUUAUUUUUAGUAAGCCUAGAUAAUUUGCUAUAAAUUUGGUUUAUGAAUUAUUGACGUACGAACGAUAGUAGGGGUGGGGGAAGCUAUUGAAAGUGGAAUCAUUAAAAUCGGUGUAAAUUCUAAACUACUUAUUCGAUUUGAGCAAUUCAAAAUUUAUUUGCAAGAUAAAUGUAGCUGCUUUAAAAGUCUGAUCUCAUUGCUACCCUAUAGUUCCUAAUAAAAGCGCCAGAGGGCGCAAUUUGUUAUAAUUCCAGUUUUUUCAUUUUGCUUUAAAAAUUCAAAUAGAAUGGUAUAUUUUUGACAUUCUAUUUAAAAAGUAAAUAACAUUUGCAAAAGUACUGUAAAAACCGCACGAUGAUAUCUUUGCUCGUUUUAAAGUUAUAGCGAAUUAAAGUUUUUUACGCAUCGAGCCUAAACUUGUGUGUCCCGCCUAAAAAUCUCUAAUUAGUAUUACCACAACUAGAAUACCAUGAUGUUGUCAUAAUUAAUAAAUUAUUAUAGUAGUAAUUGAUUGAUAAAUAAUAAAUUAAUAAUACCUAUGUGUCACAGAAUAACUGGAAGUUUAUGUGACUUUCUUAAGGCGAAUAAUUUUAUUAACGAAUUUCUUUUUAUAUUUAAAUUAUGGUCCUGAAAAGGACCGAUUUUAAACCCAAUCAUAUUUGGUAUUUAAUGCCUCGAUAGGUGUUCAAUGUAUUACUUUGGCGUUAUGUAUAAAACAGUUGAAAAUAGCAAAAUAUCAAUCGGGUGUUAAGCAAGCAAUCAUUGCUAAGCAGUUAGGAUUAAACCGCUCAGUGGUUUCCAAAACCAUAAAGUUACACUGCAUUAGGAACUCAUUAAUAAGUCCACCUAAAACUGGUAGGCCUAGAAAAACGACGCCUAGAGUUGACGAGAAGAUUAAAUCCUUAGCUCUUAAAAAUCGAUUUAACACAGCAGUGGAUAUAAAAUCUCAACUAGACGAUGUAAAUAUUAGUGUCCCUUUCCAAUUUAUAAACUUUGUUUUGGCGGUAUGUGCAAAAUUCAUCCAACUGCUCAGGAAAAAUGCGGUAUCUUCUUAAUGCCUAACGAAUACGCGGCAAGUGCGCGUGGAUCGGACGCAUUUGCCGCUUUUUCGCUAAGCAGGCCGUAGUUGCCGCGAUUUUGCUGAGUAAAUUUAGUCGUUAAUUGGUAUCGCUGCAAAGUGGAUUGAUCAAAAAUCAAAGUUAAUAGAUUUUUGCAAAACCCUUGCAAAAGAUUCAGUCAAUAAUAAUGGCUUUAACAAUUGCUGGGAUCAUAAAAAAAGGUAAGUAAUGCUAUUUAAUUAGUAUUAUUCGUAAUAAUUUAUAUCAGUUACCAAAGGUAUGACGAUAAAAAGUUAGUACCCUAAUUUAUUAAAAUUCUAGAACGGAAAAUGAUUCUCAGAUGGAUAUCAACAGUAUUGAAGGCUCAGAGUAUAUUUUACAUACUUUACAACCUGCAGCUUUGCCGGAAUCGUGUCGGGGGGGGGGAGGGGGGGUUAUAAAACUGGACUUGCCAUGCACAUUAAUAAAUGACAAAGUGAUUUCUUGGAUAAAUAAUGAAGUGUACCACGCGAAUCCUAACAUUAAUGAUGAACAGAAAAAUACAAUGGAAGUAGAAAACAUAAACUUAAAUGAUUGCUAUUAUGAUAGCAACACAUCAAGUUUAUUAACAUCUGGCCAAUCCAUUCCUUACAAUAAUAAUUGUAAUCAAGUGACUGAUGAUGUUUUAGAAAUAGGAAGUAAUGAAGAGCAGACCAACUUAGCCAUAACAAUAAAUGAGGCAAGUGGUGAUAUUAUACCAAACAGAUCUGAAGUUAACGAUGUAACUUCUUAUAAUUUGAACCCUGUUGUCGUUGAUGACGGUUUAAUAAUAAAUAAUGGAAUUAAUACGAAAAGAGGAAGCAAGCCUGAAAAAGAUUUAAAUAUUAGAAACUGUACCGCACUAUCUUAUACCAAGGAAAGCUCGAACGAUGAUUCUCAGAAUGUACCUCCUAUGCUUAUAACGGAAAAAUUUGUUGCGAAUCCUGAUCCGAAUGGACUGAAUAACAAUGAAACUAAUGAAGACCGGACAACAGCUAUUACAAUAAAUGGGGCAAGUGGUGACAUUGCUUCGAUAUCUAAUAAUAACGCACUGAAUAAUAAUGAUGAAUCUCGUGAACCUGCAGGAAACAAAAAAAGAAAAAAAACCGUCAUUGAUUUUGAAGCCAGAAAAACUCUCAAGAGGGAAAAGAUUGCUGAAAAUCAUAAGGUUUUACCAGGUUGUGCUGAUAAUUGCAAAAAAAAAUGUUCAUCUGCAUUUGAUCGACGUAGGAGAGAAGGAAUUAAUACGCAAUUUUGAAAAUUGUCCGAUCCCGAAAGAAAGUCUUUUUUUUUAGUUCAAGUGAGCGAUUGCAAACAAAACGAACCACUGGAGAAAAGCCAACAAUGCAAAAUACUUUUAAAUAUUGGCUUUUAAUUAUAUACUUUUAAUUAUAUGGCUCCGUAAAACGGCGUAAAUAAAAGUGUUCCGAGUGCAUAUAAAUUCUGAAAAACAGUGAAUCUAUAAAAUAGAUAGUGUCUUACUUAGCUAAACAUAAUUAUUUUCACCAAAAACAUCCAAUUUGCUGCAAAAUUGUCAUUGUUUAUGUUUGUGUUGAACCCGCGCAAGAAUGCAUUAACAAUGGAAUAAAGUAGCUACGUUCCAAUUUUAAAAUCGAAAAUUUCGAAAUGGAGUGCGAUGUUUGCAAGCAAGUUACGCGAACAUUUAAAUGUGACAACUGUUUGAAGAGAUUGUGUAAGGGUUGUGCAGCUCUUACGUCCUCUGAAGUAAAAGUGAUAGAAUUAAAAGAUCGUGUUAUGAAGUUCUUCUGCAAAAAUUGCAAUGACUUUCACGGACUUAAACUUUUGAAUGAUCUUGUACAAAGCAAGCAAGAAAUAAUAUUAAGUAAGGAUGAAAUAAUCUCACUUCUUAAGCAAGAAAUAAAAGACUUAAAGUCAAAAAUCGAAGCCAUCCAAGCACCAGCAAUACCAUCAUUUGCAGAGGUUGUAAACAACAAAUCAUCCAUACCAAUAAAAACAAAAAAUCGGCCAAACUUAAUUAUAAAACCGAAGGGCACACAGGACUCUCAAGAAACAAAAACCGAUAUAAUGGAGAACAUCAAACCAGCAGAUAUUAAUGUAAGUAUUGAUAAAAGCCGAUCUUCACACCACGGAAGUUUAAUAAUUAAAUGCAAUGACACAGAGAGUGUUACGAAACUAAAAAAUGAAAUUAAACAAAAACUGGGUGAUUACUAUGAGGUAGAGGAAACAAAAUUACGGAAUCCGCAGGUCAAAAUAGUUGGAUAUCCUGCCAAGAAUAAAUCAGCAACUGAAGAAAUUGAAAAAUCUAUAAGAAUGCAAAAUACAUUUUUUAAUAAUGAAGAUUCAUUUAAAAUUACCUUUAUGAAGGAAACUAAAUUAAAUAAAAAAAACCAUCUUCGCCGACUGUUCCCCAAACCUCUUUAAAAAAAUCAUGUGGACCAAAAAAAUAUACAUUGGAUGGGAACGAUACCCUGCAUAUGAAAAUUUAGCAGUAAAACAGUGUUUUAAAGGUUGUGGAUAUUACCACAAAAGUCCAGACUGCCCAAAUGAAACCACCUGUUCAUACUGUGGAGGAGAACAUAAUCGAAAGGACUGUCACUUAACCCAAAAUAAAGAAAAUAGGAAAUGCGUGAAUUGUGAACAUUCAAAUAAAAAAUAUAAAACGAACCAUAAUCUCAAACAUGAUGCCACGGAUUCUGAAUGCCCCACAAACCUAUACCAUCUAGAAGUAUUAAAAAGUAAAAUAAAUUAUGGCUAGACAACAAGAAGUGGAGCUGCUUGAAACGAUAUCCAGUGAAAUUUUUAGUGAAACUGUGGAGCCUGUAGAGAUCUGUGGUAAAAUAGACACAGAUAAAAAACUUUUAAAUAUAAUGCAUGUUAACAUAAGAAGUGUAAAAAAAACUUUGAUGAACUGUUACUUUUUUUAGAGACUUUCAAAAUUUCUUUCUGUGAUGUUAUAGUCCUAAGUGAAUGUUUUCAACUCACCUCUUUUUUAGAAUUUACUAUUCAAGGCUUUACCACUCACUAUAGUAAUGGAAAUAUCACACGAAAUGAUGGUGUUCUUAUUAUGGUAAGAGACAAUCUAAAUGCUAAAGUGGCAUUUCACGAACUUGAUUCCACUAAAAUAAAGGUGGGUCGAAUAACUUUGGAACAUAAAAAUGUGCACUAUGAAAUCUCUUGUAUCUAUCGAUCUCCUCACUCAUCUAUCGAAAAUUUUGUACAGGAUCUUAAUGUAUAUUUUACAGGAAAGUCAGGAAACAAGUCAAAUAAUGUUGAAAUUUUAGUUGGAGACAUAAAUAUUAACCUCUUAACUAAUACUGAUUUAAACGUGGUAAAUUACAUUUCAACAUUUCAUAACAAGUUCAACAAGUUCAUAUGGUUUUCAAUCACAUAUAAACUCAAUCACCAGGCCAGAAUCAGGCACAUGUUUAGAUCAUAUAUUUGUAAAGAACAAUAAUAAAAUAAUUAACAUUCACACAAAACCGUAUAUAAUAAAUUAUGAUAUAACGGAUCAUUUUCCAAUAAUGUUAAAUUUUUCACAUGCUUUAAAUAUUAAGAGAAUAGAAAAUAUUGUAAAAACUGAUGUUAAAAAUAAAAUAAAUUACAUAAAACUAAAUUAUUUAUUUGAGAAUGAAAAUUGGAAUGACGUGUCUAAAACAAACAAUC